GUCUGUCCGGCGACAGCGUGCUUCUACCCGGGACACUUUUCUUGGAUGCGUUACUUAUGUCUAUUUCAAAGAGAAAAACCUCUUUCCGUCUUUGGUCGUUCACUUUAUGACCACAUGUUUUAAGACGAAACUGCGACUGAUGCUGGUCAUAAAGUGAUUUUUACGGGAACGGAGUCGGUGUGAGGUUACAACGACUUUGCUGGCGGUGCAGUAUGUGGUGGGAUGGAUGAGGAGGAGCAGAACCGCUAUGUGGCCCAGUUGAAGGCUGAGUUUGACAGCUGUGACACCACCGGGACAGGUUACCUCGACAAAGAGGAGCUUACUGCCUUAUGCCACAAGCUGAGCUUAGAUGCCCAUCUCCCCUUGCUGCUGGACACUCUGCUAGGACCACAAAAUUAUGCCAGGGUACAUUUUGAGGAGUUCAAAGAGGGCUUUGUGGCUGUGCUGUCAAGGUCUUUGGACUUCAGUACUUCAGAGGAGGAGAGCAGCUAUCUUGAGCCAGCAGUCCCAGAGGAGGUGAAGCCUAAAUAUGUGAAAGGAACCAAGCGGUACGGGCGGCGAUCACGGCCAGACAAAACUGACUUAGAGCUCACAGCAGACUCAGAAGAUUCACCAGCGUUUGGGACUGACAAAGUGGAAAUAAACGGUGUAAGGAGAGCCAAGCUCAGACGCUCCACCUCACUGGAGAGUGUUGAGAGUCUCAAAUCAGAUGAGGACACAGGAAGCAACAAAGAGUCCACACACCACUAUUUUGUGGCACAAGGCCAGUUGAAGCUCUGGAAUCAAGAGGGCACAGAAAGUCCUCAGCGCUCAUCCAACCCUCAGCAUGAAGUGACAGAUGGACAGGUGAGAGCAGUAUGGGAAGAGCUGGGGGUCGGAGCCGGAGGAUCACUUAACCGUGAGGAGCUGUCGCUCGUCUGUGACCACAUCGGUCUCAAGGACUUACAGUCUGAGGAGUUAGACGCUCUUUUCAGGAAACUAGACAAGGAUCAAGAUGGGAGAGUCAGUCUCAGUGAGUUCCAGAGCGGUCUGUUCACACAACAGCGUCACAUUACACCCAUCUCUACCUCCACCCCUGCCAAGCCCAAACCACAGCGCUCCAUCUCAAAGGCCCUUGAGGAACGUUUGGUGCGUUCCACCUCCCCUUCUUUACUGUCGGCUACGGUGGGUCAGAGGCUGUUGACCCGGCUGGAUGAUGGAUCGGGGUGCACAAGCCCAGAUAAAGUCAUCGCCCUCUGGACGGAGGAGGGAAUCCACAACAGCAGGGAUAUUCUACAGACUCUGGACUUCUCUCUGGAGGAGCGACUGUGUCUGGCUGAACUCACUCUUGCACUGGACAAUGAGUUACUGGUCAGUGGAAACGGCAUCCAUCAGGCUGCUCUGGUCUCCUACAAAAAUGAGAUAAACCACUUACAAGUCCUGGCAGAGCAGGCCUGCCAGGAGAGGGACAAAACCAAGGCGGACCUGGAACUGGCUGAUCGCCGCAACCUACAGCUGGUCAGAGAGGUGGAUGAUCGGCAUGCGACCAUGGAGUCUCUCAAUGAGUCUAAAAUCAAGGGUCUGGAGCAGGACUUCCGGGAUAAACUUACAGCUCUGAGGAGUGAAUCUGAGUAUGAAAGCGAGGUUCUUCUAGAGCAGGUAGAGAAUGAGCGGGAGAGACUCCGGGAGGAGCUAGACUUGCUUCAGGCUCAGGACGUUAGCCUUCAGGAGGACAUUUGCACUGCUGCUAAGGAGAACAGUCGUUUGGAGGAGGAGGUCUGCCUUCUGAAGGAGAAGCUGUCUGAAGCGGAGAGCACCAUCUCCAAACUACAGAAGGAUCUAGAGCAUCUGCUGCAGGACAGGUACGGUGGCCUUGAUCCAAAUGGCACAGGACUGCUGAAUCAAGAGGAGCACUUCUCUGAGAUCUUUAAGGAGUACGAGCAGCAAUGCCGGGAGUUGCAAGACAGGAAUGACGAGUUGUGCUCAGAGCUGGAGUUGUUGAAGUCUCAGGGCUCAGGAAGGAGAGCCAGACGAUCCAGGGGCAGCCUGUCGGAUCAUGACUGGUCAAGCCGAAGAGCAUUAACCACUGAAUCAGAUUCUGAUGAUCCUGAAAUGAAGAAAGGUACAUCUCCUCAGGUCAGAAAAACUCUCCAAGUCACUGACAAGAAUGCCCUGGGUUCCUUGGAGAGCUUGGCUCCCUCUGUGAGCAUUGAGACAGAACUGGCCAUGGAGCAGAUGAAAGAGAGAUACGAGCAAGAGGUUCAGGACUUGAAGAUCCAAUUGGAGACUAAGGUGAAUUUCUACGAGCGCAGUAUGGAGCUGAUGCGGCAGAAUAUGGAGGUUGAAAGGAAGGACAUCUCACAGGGCUUUAAGAUGGAGAUCAGUGAGUUGGAGGACCUGAAGGCUCAGGCGGAGGAGCGAGCAGAGCAAACGCGUCAGGCUGUUGAAAAGCUGGAAGCAGAGCUGAGGGGUAAGACUGCAGGAGGAGUUUGGGGUCAAGAGCAAGAACGAAGAAUUCAACGGGAACAGGCAGAACUGGAGCAGAACUACGCUCGUGAGAUCAGUAACAUCGUGAUGCGCCUCACCUCAGAGAAAGAUCAGCUAGAGGCAGAACUCAAGCUCAAGAUGGACCAGGAGGUGCUGCUUGUUAGACAUAGACGAAUUGGCAUGUUGCUGUGUCCCAGGGAGAAGGCAGAGCAGCAGUUAUUGCACAUGAAGGCACAACACAGCGAGGCUCAGCAUAGCCUGCUCCAUCAGCUGCACCUCGAGCGCAGCCAAGAACAGGAGGCGCGCAGGGAGCGUCUCCUCAGCACCGAGCGCUGGAGUGAAGAGCAAGCUCAGAUCUGCAGCAGGGUGGCACAGGAAAGAAAGAAACUGGAGGAGGAACACCAGGAAGAAAUCAAGAAUCUAGGAGAACACAUCCACUUCAUGGAAGCUCAGGUAGAACUCGCAUCCAGGGCUGAGGAGGAGUUGCUCAUAUUACAAAGACAGCUAGAAGAUAAGCUGGAAGAGAUGUGUGUUCAGCUUGAAGACAACACGGUUUCCAUGAAAGCUCAAGAUGCCCUUGUCCAGCGUUUGACCUCAGAACUUCAUGCCAAAGAGAAGGAAACCGAAAUUAGAAAUGAGAAGGAACAAAAGCUUUGCAAUAAGCUGUCUCAGCUAGAGCAAAAGCUUAAAGCUGAGCGAGAAAAGAAGCAAGAACUUCUGAAGCAAAAGGAGCAAAUACAGAAAGAAAUGGACAGAAGUACUCAAGAUCUAAAGGAGGAAUUAGCAAAAGAAAAAGAGAAGAAACAGGAGCUUCUUGACAAAAUUCCUGAGUUGACAGAAGAGCUAGAGAACUGGAGGACCAAAUCUGAGACCUGGCAGAAGGAGAUCGAAAUAAUGCAGGGAAGCAGUAGUCAUCUAUCUACUGCAUUUGGUGAACAGCAAAUGCAGUUGAGAGAACAAGGGAAAGAACUUGAGGAUCUUCAAGAAAACUUGGCCAAAACGCACAAGGCAUUGAAAACCAGAGAUGAUGAUCUUACAAGACAGGCUUCUGAGUUAAAUGCUGUGGAGAUGGAGCGGGAUCGACUCAUAGAGGAGCUCAAGGGUCAGUGUGAGGUUCUCAAACAGCUACAAACACAGGUUAAUAGUCUCUCUGAAGAGUGGGAUCAAAUGCACACAACGGAGCAAACCCUUAAAGGCUUUCUUCUUGUGGAGCAGGGUAAGGUUGAACAGCUCCAAGCCCGUCUGAACUUGGAGCAAGAAGAAACGAGGCAUCUUGAACAAGAGAACUCAAGCUACCGGCAACUUGCAGACCAGCUUUCUUCUCAGAUUGUUGAAAUGGAGACCGAAUCUACCAAACUUAAAGAGAACAGAGAUCAUUUUGCACUGGAACUGCAAAGCAAAGACAACCAAAUGCUGGAACUCAACCGCCAGCUUGAAGCCAAAGCCGAAGAGAUGGAUUUGCUCUGGAACGAGGUUCAGCUGAAGAUGAAUCUGUUUAAAAACGUCACUAAUUUCUCUGGUCAGGUUCAACUUUUGACCAACCAAUUGGAGGACAAAAAGCGAGAGCUGUGCGCUCUGAGAGAGGAGGCCGACAAUACCACCAACCAACUACAACAAUCUCUGAUGGACUCCCAAGCAGAGCUUCUGCAAAUGGAGGAGGCCUUUGAAAUCGAGAAGUGCCAAAUGAAAGAACAGCUUCUGGAGAUGGAGGGACUUGUCAUGGCCUUAGAACUGGAGAUGGACUCCAAUCCCCACAGGGCUCAACUUGAUGAGGUCACGUCUGAAAACAGUGCACUGAAAGACAGGCUUGCUGUCUUACAGCUGGAUGUCAAGUCGCUGGAGGAGGAGGUCAACAAAAAGAGGAGGAAACUUGAAGAGAUGGACAGAGAAUAUAUGAAAAAUCGAGAAGACGAGGAGAGGCUACGAAAAGAGAAUUCCAAAUGUCGAGAAGAGGUGCUCGAUCUCAGUGCGAGAAACCUUCAGCUUAGCAGUGAGAACGCUGAACUGAGUUCCCGGCUGUGUACUGAUCAGAGAGCAGUGCAGACGCUGACUGACAGGCUAGCACAGGUGUGCCAGGAGAACGAUGGGACAGCUGCGUCCUACAGACAGCUGCAGGAAACCCUACAGCAGCAGGAGAGCGACAAACUAAAGCUUCAGGAACAGUGGCAGAAAGACAAGGAGCUUCUAGAGAGGGAGCUUAAAACUGCCAAGGAGAUGCUCCAGCAUUUGACUGUGGUUGAGUCUGCAUUGACUAGUCAGACUCUGAAAAACCAAGCACUAGAGCAAGACAAGGACCAUUUGUUGAAGGAAACAGCAGGCCGAGACCAGAAGCUGGAAAAGCUUCAGGAAUCGCUUCGUAACUCAGAAACCCAGAUAGAGCAGCUCAACUCCCAGAUCCUAAUUCUGUGGCAAGAAAAGGAUGUUCACAUCCAGGAGGCAGCCACACAUCAAAAGAUGCUGCAGCAGUGUCAGGACAAGGUCCAGGAGCUUGAGAACAGCAUACAUCAGCUGCAUAAAGAGAAGGAGCAUUUACAUCAGACCCACAGGAUUCAGGAGGAGACUGCAGUCAGUGUUCUGCAGAAGGAGUGCAAGAGCUUGCGAGUACAGAACGAGGACCUUCUUAACAAACUGGCUCAGCUGCAGACUCAGGAGCUGGAACUUCAGAGACUGACACAUCAGUGCCUCACUUUGAGAAACCAACAAGCAGAGCUAGAGACUGCUAAACAUGAGGCAAAUGAACAGGCACUAAGGGCAGAGAGCGCUCUGUCGCUGGUCCAGGCUCAGCAUGUACGUGUGGUACAGGAACUAAGGGAACAGGUGGGGUCUGGCACCCGGGAGCACUUGGCUCAUCUACAAACUCAACUGGCCGAGCAGCAGCACAGGACGCAGGAUUUAGAGGGUCUGCUUCGCUCUCAGGCCAAGCAAGCCGGCAUUCAGAUGGGCCUUCAGCAGGAGCAAUACGAGAAAUUGAUGGUGAGUAUGCAGGAGCGUAUGGAUGAAGUUGAAGCCAAGCUGAAAAACACCCGUGUGAUGCUGCAGGAGAAAGUCAACCAGCUAAAAGAACAGCUGGCCAAAAAUGCCAAGUCAGAUCUGCUGCUGAAGGACCUGUAUGUGGAAAACUCUCAGCUCAUGAAGGCUCUUCAGGUGACCGAGCAGAGGCAGAAGAGUGCAGAGAAGAAGUCUUUCCUGCUGGAGGAGAAAGUGAUCGCCCUUAAUAAACUACUACGUAAAAUCGCCCCAGCAUCGUUCACGGCUUAGACUUGUUUCACUCCAUUACGAGCCUUUACCCGUUGUACUGGACUGUGAAGUCCCACCCGCUAGUGCACUUUUGUAUUUUGGUGCGAAUUGUUUUUGUAAAAGCAGUAAACAAUCCUAGUGUUAAAGUGAAAGCACAAAUAAUGCAAAGUCUUACAAUUACUCUAACAGCAUUUUGUAUUUAAAUCAUGCUGUUUUCAACAAUAUAAAGAGGACGAAGCGUAAAGUUAAUUUAAGAUCAUAUUUUAGUCUCUUCAGAGGCAAGCGAAUUGAUCAUUUGUCAAGGACAAAGCUUUACACAUUCCUUUAUUUGUUCACUGUGAUGUAGGGUACAAACCGCAAGCGUUCUUGCCAAUCUGUUGGCUUUAAGUAUUUGAAUAUGACGUAUUCUUUUUACUGCAGUUUUAAUGCCCAUUUUAUAACCAAAAGCACAGUAUUCACUCAAUGUACAGUUUUGAUACAAAUACUAUAUUGUAAUUGCACAAUUUUCAAUCAUGAUGCACUAAUGUCCACUUGGAUAUAAAUUAUUCUAAGUGUUACAAUUGAUGUACACCUCGUUUAAAAGAGCUGGCUGACUUUUGGGAGAUAAUUGUGACACCAUUGUGUUGUAAAUGCAUCAUGUACUAUUUCCCACUGUAAGGAAUGUGAGCAAGUAAAGUUUUACCUGUG